CUGUGCCUCAUACACACCGGCCUCAUCCUGCUCGGUGGGACCCACGGAUUCAGCUUCCCGCAACAACACACGAUGCAGAUUUGGGCAAAAAGAUUGGAGCAGGAGUUUGACCAAGUCAUGAGAAGAUUUAGUGGUGUUCAUCAACUACGAGGGCUUUAUUUUGACAAGCGGAACCUAUUUGAAGUGAAAGAGAAUGUACCACGCAAGCUGGUGGAGAAGGUGGCUGGUGAUAUUGAAACACUUCUUGCCAAGAAAGUGCGCGCUUUGAAGAAACUGGCAGAGGCUGCAGAGAAUUUUCAGAAGGCUCACCGAUGGCAAGAUAAUAUAAGGGAAGAAGAUAUUGAAUAUUAUGAUUCCAAAGCAGAGACGGAAUAUGAUGACCCAGAAGGUGAGGAAGAGAGCCAGGAAGCCACCCAUUCCCUCCAGCUGGAAUUCACAGAAGAUGCAAACUUUAAGACUAAGGUCAAUUACUCAUAUACAGCGGUGCAGAUUCCCACAGACAUCUACAAAGGCUCCACAGUCAUUCUGAAUGAGUUGAACUGGACAGAUGCGCUUGAAGAUGUAUUUAUCCAAAACCGGCUUGAGGACCCUACUCUGCUGUGGCAGGUUUUUGGCAGUGCCACAGGAGUAACCCGAUAUUACCCAGCUACUCCUUGGAGAGCGCCCAGCAAGAUUGAUUUGUAUGAUGUGCGCAGGAGACCUUGGUACAUACAAGGAGCAUCGUCCCCUAAGGAUAUGGUGAUCAUUGUGGAUGUCAGUGGCAGUGUAAGCGGUCUGACUCUUAAGCUCAUGAAGACUUCUGUGAUGGAGAUGUUGGACACACUGUCAGAUGAUGACUAUGUGACAGUUGCCUCUUUCCAUGACAAGGCUGAGCCCGUGUCCUGCUUCAAGCAACUGGUCCAGGCCAAUGUGAGGAACAAGAAAGUAAUUAAGGAAGCCGUGCAAGACAUGGUGGCACGAGGAACAACUGACUACAAGGCUGGGUUUGAGUAUGCGUUCAGCCAGUUACAGAAUACAAACGUCACACGUGCUAACUGCAACAAGAUGAUUAUGAUGUUCACAGACGGUGGAGAGGAUCGUGUUCAGGAUGUUUUCGAAAAAUACAACUGGCCAAACAAAACUGUUCGUGUUUUUACAUUCUCAGUCGGACAACAUAAUUAUGAUGUGACACCUUUGCAGUGGAUGGCCUGUGCCAAUAAAGGUUACUAUUUUGAGAUCCCAUCUAUUGGAGCGAUCCGGAUCAAUACUCAAGAAUACCUUGAUGUCUUGGGACGCCCUAUGGUUCUAGCUGGAAAUGAAGCCAAGCAAGUUCAAUGGACGAACGUUUAUCAAGAUGCAUUGGGUCUUGGAUUAGUUGUUACAGGAACUUUACCUGUGUUCAACCUGACAGAGGAUCCAGGAAGUGCAGGGAAGAAUCAGCUCAUUCUCGGCGUGAUGGGCAUUGACGUCGCUUUGGAGGAUAUCCAGAAACUGAUGCCCCGAUACAGUUUGGGUGCCAACGGUUACAUGUUUGCUAUCGAUCUUAACGGAUACGUCUUGCUGCAUCCCAAUCUGAAGCCACAGAUCAUUAAUUUUCAGGAGCCAGUGACACUGGAUUUUCUAGAUGCUGAGCUAGAAGAUGAGAACAAAGAGGAGAUACGCAAGAGCAUGAUAGAUGGCAUGGAAGGUCAGAGAUUUAUCCGCACAUUGGUGAAGUCUCUAGACGAGAGAUACAUUGACGAGGCUGGAAGAACUUACAAUUGGGCUCCAAUACACAGCACAAAUUACAGCUUGGGUUUGGUGUUGCCUCCAUAUAGCUCUUACUACCUCCGUGCAAAUCUCAGUGAUCAGAUCCUCCAGGUGCAGUAUUUUGAGUCUUUGCUGCCAAACAACUUUGAGUCUGAGGGCCGAGUAUUUCUUGCUCCGAGACAGUACUGCAAGGAUCUGGAACAGUCUGACAAUAACACAGAAUUUCUAGCCAAUUUCAUCUCACUCAUGGAGAAGGUGACUCCAGAUUCCAAGCAGUGCGACAGCUUCCUACUUCACAACCUGAUCUUGGAUGUGGGAAUCACACGUGACCUGGCUGACCGUGUUUGGAAAGACAAAGACCUACUCACGUAUGGGCUCCUGGCUGUUUUUGCUGCAACUGAUGGAGGAAUAACCAGAGUUUUCCCAAACAAAGCGGCAGAAGACUGGGCGGAGGACAUGGAGCCACACAAUUCAACGUACUACCGCAGGAGCCAGGACAACAAGGGCUAUAUCUUUAGAGCUCCAUAUAGGGACUCUGGGUACCGAUCCCACGAGAUGGAGAACACAACCAUUGGCAUCCUAGUGAGCACUGCAAUGGAGCUGGAGAUCAGGGGGAAAAGGCUGAAGCCUGCAGUGGUUGGGGUGAAGUUGGACUUGGAGUCUUGGGUUGAAAAAUUUAAAGUUUUGGCCAGCAACCAUUCAGAAGGACACCCCCAGGGAUCACGCAAGUGUAGCCCCUCUUCCAGCUGUGAGAUGGACUGUGACGUUAACAAUGAGGAUCUCUUGUGUGUGCUGCUGGAUGACGGAGGAUUCUUAGUUAUGUCCAAUCAGCAAGAUCAUUUGAACCAGGUCGGAAAGUUCUUCAGUGAGGUGGAUCCUAACCUCAUGGGCGCCCUGUAUAACAAUUCCUUCUUUACACGGAAAGAAUCGUACGAUUACCAGUCUGUCUGCGCCCCGAAGGCAGAGAGCAAUAAAGGAGGCGCACCUCGUGGGAUCUUUGUGCCAACAGUUGCUGAUAUUCUGAACCUGGCUUGGUUAUCAUCAGCAGCAGCCUGGUCCUUGUUCCAGCAUUUGCUCUACAGUUUAGCAUACAGCAGCUGGCUUCAGGCAGACGACGUCACAGGAGAGAUUGUCGAGGCCAGGGAGGCAAGUUGCAUCAUGAAGCAGACCCAAUAUUACUUUGGCAACAGCAAUUCAACGUAUUCAGCCGGAAUUGAUUGCGGCCCGUGUUCCCGGUACUUCCACGCUCAGAGACUAUCAAAUACAAAUCUGCUGUUCGUUGUGGCUGAAAAACAUAUUUGCAGUGAGUGCGACUUCAUGAAAUUGGACCAGGCUGAGACACGCUCCGAGGGACCUGAACAAUGUGAACUUGUGCAGACACCUCGGUAUCGGAAAGGUCCUCAUGUCUGCUUUGAUUACAAUGUUAUGGAGGACACAUCAGACUGUGGUCGGGGCUCCCUUUUCCAGCCGUCAUGGCUACUUUUGGCAUUGAUCCAGGUGCUUCUUCUGUGUGUUGCCCCAGGCUGCUGCACACCUUCAUGUGUCCGAAGUCUCUAGACCUUCCCCACUUCCCUUCUUCCAUCACUGCGCCUUCCUGAGGCCACUUCCUGUUUCCUGAUGUGGUUACCAUGACAACUAGGUGCAUUGGGCUUUUUUUACCACGAUAACUACUACUUGAUUGGGUUGAAGAAGGAGCCUCUACUAUGCCUUAGGGAGUUACCAUGGCAACUAGAAGAACUACAUCAUAGUUAGUAGAUUAACUUCUUUUUCCAAUGGCCAUGGUAACCACGGCAUUUCUGAAGACUUCCUGUUUCCUGUUCCAUGGUACCCUUGCAUAGUCCAGAAGGUUAUAUCUGACAUCACUUGCUGUCUCUAAGGUGGGGGUCAUGACCUCACUGUGACCCUUUGCUCCCUUUCCAUUUCCCCUUUUAUUUUAUUAUUUUGGCACCUACACUGAAGCCAGGGAGCACAGGUAACACAGUGAUGACUUCAUUUUCGCACAUACCUGUGUCAUUGUCACAUGACUUGUCCCGGAAGUUCAGUUAUCUCUCAUUUUUGGAAUAUGCGCUGGGCCAGCAUCGCUUGGGGGCGGUGACUUAGAGACACUGCACAGCAGCAAAAAUCUGUAUCUGUAUGUAGAGCAAAAUGCUAGUGAGCACUUCUCCAUUUAGAGUGUCAGUCAAGAAUAUCAACUGUCCAUGCAGUGCGUCCAUCAGUGUGUCCUUUUAUGGUCAAGCACACCAGUUCUUCAUGCAGACCCUCAUCAUGAGCAUCGAUUCUAUGUUCUAAGUAACUUGUACAUCUCUAUAAAGGCUUUGUUGACGCACGUUGGGCCUGCCGCAAAAAAAAGGCCAUUGAAUUGCGCUACAUUGAUUUAGAUUUAAUGAUUUCACAGCUGUACUGCAGAUGGCACAGACUGCUCAAAGACCUCCUUACAGUACCGUUCUGUAACCAAAGAAAUAGUUCUGUGACCACUAUUAUCGAACGUAGUAUGGAUAUACCAUGAGGAGCAGUCUACUGCAGUAUACAGCCAAAGCGAGUAUGACUGCACACUUUAAAGCAUCUUCCAUCAAAAACUUUAAGGGGUCGCUUCACAAAUUACCUAUGUUCCAACUCUGACAUUUCCAAACAGCAACAAAAAAAAUGUUUUUUCUGGUCAGCCCAUGUGUAAACAGUGCAACGCUCUGCACGUUAGUCUGUGUGAAGAUUAGUGAAGCUGCGCAGGUUCCCGUGAGUGCAAGGGCACACAUUACACUGCAGGCCACUGCCUAUUACAUGCACUGAGAUGCUCUGCAGGCUGAGGCUUUUUUAAUCUUAUGUGUGUACUUAACAUUACUAUAUAAGUUCCCUUUCUUUCCCUAAAGAUGCUGUCCUAGGACAUAGCACAAUAACUAUACAAGCACAGGGCAUACUGUCCUCUCAAGCACUCACAGUACAAUCCCUGGACAGGAAAGACGCACAAUAUGGCCUUCUCUGGCUGCUCUACAAUAAGUCUUCAAACACAGCACAAACUAGGGGUGGGCUUGUGGCCUAAGGGCUAGUUUAUUUACUUGGAUAGUGCCUUUCAGGGCCUCGUACACUUCUGAAUGGGCGUCGUACCCUGAGCUGUACUAUCUGAUCUUUAGUGGCCUGUGUCUGUGUUCAUAUAAGAAAACUAGAUGCCAAAAUGUAAACCCUGUGAUUACUGUGUGACCUACUGACCCCUCCUAUACCUCCCCUAUAUUAACAGAUACCACCUUCCAUUACCUACUGCUGUUGGUCUACAAGGCUCCUCCUAGUAACUCAAAUACCAACCUUAUAGUGCCAUAUACCUUCCAAUGCUCCGUAUAACCCCUGAUCCUCAUACUGCUCCUUAUAACCCCUCUCUAUAACCUUCCCUGAAGUUCCUUAAAAUGUCUCCUGAUCCAUAUAACCUCCCUACUCCGUAUAGCGCCUCCCUAUAACUCCUAUUAACCUAAAUACCUAUUUUACAGUGCCAUAUACAGUUCAUCUAACUUCUUCCCAUAACACGUAUUUCUCCAUGAAUCCCUCCUUGUAUCUACUACUUUUCUCCAUUUACCCCCACAUACUUCCUCCUAUUGGUUCAUUUAACCCCUUCUUGUAACCCUCCUGUAUCUUCUUUUAGCCCGUCACUAUAACGCUUCUUAUUACUUGAUUUAACCCUUUAGUAUGUCUCCAGUAUCUCCAUUUACCCCUAUAUUGCCUCCUAUUACUGUAUUUAACCUCUCCCAAUGACUCUACUAUUGCUCCAUAAAACUAAAACUCCACCUCUUGCUCCAUACAAAUCUCUGUUGCUCCCUAUAACUGCACUAUAACUCUUCCUGUUACUAUGUACAACUCUUUCUGUUACUGUGUAUUACCCUUCUCAUAUCUCCUAUUACUACUGCACAUAAUGUAUCCACCCAUAAAGCACCUCCAUCAUCUUUAUCUGUGCCGUCCGUACACCCUGCCUCUCUGCACCCUAUUUUCUCCAUCUCUUUUUCUACUUCUCCACUUAUUCUCCUGGAGUGAACAUCUCAUCUAUUUGGAAUCCCUUUUCAUACUGUUGUUAAUUCGUUGCUUCCUUAUAUGUUUUGCAAACAAAGCAGAAAUUUAUUUUGUCCGCUGUUAAUUAACGACAAAACAAAAUAAACAAAUGCAACAUUAAUUUAUUUUUUAUUCUCUAUCUAUUAGAGAAACUGAAAGGAAAAAAAAUGUAUUGAUUCAUUUAGUUGAUGUAAAUUAAAGGGACAGUCUACUCCAUAAUUUUUAAUAUUUUAAAAGAUAAAUAAUCCCUUUAUUACCCAUUCCCUAGUAUCACAUAACCAACACAAUUAUAUUAAUAUAUUUUUUACCUCUGUAAUUACCUUGUAUCUAAGCCUCUGCAGACUGCCCCCUUAUUUCAGUUCUUUUGAGAGACUUGCUUUUAGCCAAUCAGUGCUGACUCUUAAAUAACUCCACGGGAGUGAGCACACUAUUAACUAUAUGGCACACAUGAUCUAGCACUGUCUAACUGUGAAAAACUGUCAAAAUGCACUGAGAUAAGAGGUGGCCUUCAAGGGCUUAGAAAUUAGCAAUUGAACCUACCUAGGUUUAGCUUUCAUCAAAGAAUACCAAGAGAGCAAAGCAAAUUUGAUGAUAAAGGUAAAUUGGAAAGUUGUUUAAAAUUGCAUGCCAUAUCUGAAUCAUGAAAGUUCAAUUUUGAAUAGACUGUCCCUUUAAAUAUUGUUGAAAAAAAGUUAGCUUUGUUUUUUGUUGCAUCAUGAAUAACGAAUCAGUGAAAAUUUCUACUCUUUUGACCCUCUAACCACUGCGCCCCCGAUGUCCUACUCUGAACUCAAAUUUACCUCUUCACUCAGCCUCCUCCGUACUCACAAAUUUCUCUCUGCCAUAUCUAGUAAUCUCUGCACUUUUUCUCCAUUGCAACUGGAUACCCACUUCUAUCUCAUACGUUGUAUUUUACCCUUUCUUAGAUUCCUUAAUCUCUUAUGAUUAACACCCAUUCUACUCCCUUAUGUCUUCUCAUCUGAACUUCACCCUCUUUUAAAGUUCUUGUCUUCCAUUACCUCUGGUAUAGCUCACUAAGCUACCUAUCAUAUAAUUAUCCUCCUCUGCCAAGAUAUGCCACAUGCUGCCCUCCGCGCGAACUUGGGGAGGGGGGGAGGGGUAGCUGGGCUGCGGAUGCAUUAAUUAAAUUUGUUAAUGGUCAUUUUGCUUGUAGCUUUUUGCGUGUGUGUUUUGGGCCUUGUUUUUGGGAAUGUGACUGUGCUAUGAGGGUUGGUUUGUGUCUGCACCAGGCAUCCGUUUGCUCUCGUUCUUGUCAGAUCCUCCAUUCAAAAACAAAAGAUAUUGGGAUAUAAAAUAUAAAUACGUAUAAAUAUAUAUAAAUAUAUAUAUAUGAAUAUAUUGGAGGCUCGAGGGUCAUCACUGCUGAAAUUUCUCUCCAUCAGUUAGUGGCUUUUUUCCGUUAACUGGAGCAAAGUUUAUUUUCUAUUUAUUUAUUUAUUUGUACAGAAAAAGUGACAGAAAAGUUUGUAAGAUAUUGUGCGUGUGUGAUUUACUUGUAAAAUAUUUUCAAAUGGUUUAUUACAGAGAAUCAGUUAAUAAAUAAUGUGCAUAUUUUCACUUCA